UACGCGCACCCUCCCUUUGACGCGCCACUCUCUCUCUCUCUCUCUCUCUCUCGUCUUCCACGGCCACAUUACCAUCUCCGUAUAUAAACGCAACAAGAGCGGCCUACGUCGUGGACUCGACGCCUUCUCUCCCGUUUCCCCCGACGACAUAAAACUUACAAGACCACCAGGCUUCAUCAUCACACUUCCCGGUCCCCCGCCGUGCAUGGGCCAAUCCGCCUCCAGCCGUCUCACCGACUCGCCGCCGGCUGUGGUGGCGGGUAUCUCCACCGCGACGGACUACACCGCUGACCUCCCCGACGACUGCCUCGCCCUCGUCUUCCAGUCGCUUGGCCCUGGUGACCGCAAGCGCUGUUCACUGGUGUGCCGAAGGUGGCUCGCCGUUGAGGGCCGGAGCCGCCUUCGCCUCGCGCUCGACGCCCGCGCCGCGCUCCUCGACGUGGCUCCUGCCAUCUUCGCCCGCUUCGACGCCGUCUCCAGACUCACCCUCCGAUGCAGCAACCGCACCGACAGCAUUGGCGACGAGGGGCUUGCCCUCGUCGCGGCGCGCUGUCCCAAUCUUGCCAGCCUCAAGCUCCGCGCCUGCGGCGCCCUCACCGAUGCCGGCAUGGCCGCUGUCGCCCGUUACUGCUCGGGCCUGCGCAAGCUAUCCGUCGGCUCCUGCGCCUUUGGCGCCAAGGGUGUUGACGCCGUCCUCCGCGGGUGCCCCCUCCUGGAAGAGCUCUCCAUCAAGCGCCUCCGCGGCCUCCACGACCCGUCCGCCACCGCCGAACUCGUUGCCGGCGCCGCCUCCCUCCGCUCCGUCUGCCUCAAGGGUCUCUACAAUGCGCAGUGCUUCGCACCGCUCAUCGCCGGGUGCCCCAACCUCAAGACGCUCAAGCUCAUCCGCUGCUCCGGCGACUGGGAUCCCCUCUUGAAGAACAUGGCCGCUAGGGUCCCCGGGGUUGUCGAAAUCCACCUCGAGAGGCUGCAGGUGACCGACAGCGGCCUCGCCGCCCUGUCCGUCUGCGUCGAUCUCGAGGUCCUCCGCCUCGUCAAGACGCCGGAGUGCACCAACGCAGGCCUCGCCGCUGUUGCGGACCGCUGCGCCCACCUCCGCAAGGUCCACAUCGACGGGUGGAGGGCGAACCGUAUCGGCGACGAGGGUCUCCAGGCCCUGGCCCGGCGGUGCGCCGGUCUCCAAGAACUGGUCCUCAUCGGGGUCAAUCCCACGUCCCGGACCUUGGAGCUCAUGGCGAGCAACUGCUGCAGAUUGGAACGCCUCGCAUUUUGCGGCAGCGACACCUUUGGGGACGCCGAGGUCGCCUGCAUCGCCUCCAAGUGCGCAGCUCUUAAGAAGCUCUGCAUCAAGGGGUGCCCCAUCUCCGACCAGGGGAUGGAGGCCCUCGCGGCGGGGUGCCCAAAGCUUGUCAAGGUAAAGGUGAAGAGGUGCUCCGGGGUGACGCCGGAGUGCGCGGAUCGACUGGCAGCGAGCAGAAACGGGAAACUGGCUGUCAACGUGGAGGCCGACGAGGGAUCGGCCGCCGUGCAGCAGGCGGAGGGGACUGUGGUCUUCGGGGAAUUUGGGAUCGCGGAGGACACAGGCGGGGCCGAGCGGCCGCCGCUUGCCUCGGUCGACCGGGCCAGUGCCGCGGGGCCCCUGAGCAGUAAGAGUAGGCGGACGGCGCGGAAGAAACGGGCGGGCUUCUUCGCGUCCCGAAGAAACUUGGUGGCAUCAGCUCUGAGGAGAUGGUCCCACGGAAGUAGCUAUUCACGUCACAGUCAUCGGUGAGAGAGAGAGAGAGAGAGAGAGAAGACUUCGUCUAUUUCUCUCCUUUACGUGGUAAUUAAGGUGUCGUCCAAGUUUUGUCACGUCGCCGAGCUCGUCUCAGUGGUUGUAAAGCCGUUUACUUGUCAAAUAUGUAGACAACUUGUCCUCUCGAA